AUGGCGGCGCAGUACAUACUCCGACGUCAAACGCUCGAGGACCUGGAGUCCACGGGGCAGGUCGCCAAGGCGGCCUUCGUCAUGAGCCCGCUGACGGGGGCCAUCUGGCACAGGGCGACCGAGGAGGAGAAGCGGACGCUGAUGGACGACUGGUUCCUGGGCCGGUCGCGCGUCGAGUUUGACACCCCCGGCAUCCACCGCCUGGUCGUCGUGUGCCGCGACGACGAGUCCGGCUCCGAGGAGAUCGCCGGCGUCGCCUGCUGGCGCCAGCCCCUGACCGAGGUCGACCCGGGCGCCGGCAAGACCGAGGAGCAAAAGGCGGCCGAGACGGCCGCGCAGCGCGCCACCUGGCCCGCCUGCGUCGACACCUCGGUCAUGGACGCCAACGGCGCCGAGCUGGGGGCGCUGGUCGAGCGCGGGCUCGGGGGCGAGGCCAAGGCCAUGUGGACCGCGACCGUCGUCGCUGUCCACCCCAAGCAUCAGAGGAAAGGGGUGGCGACGACGCUUCUGCGCUGGGGGCUGGCAGAGGCCGAUAAGACAGGCACGGACACCUUCAUUAUUGCCAGCGAUGUUGGGAGGAAGGCAUACAUGUCUGUUGGCUUUGAAGAUGUCUGCGAGCUCAAGGGCAUCAUUGGGGAAGCCAUACUUAUGAUCCGGAAAUCACCUGUCAGGAAGGACACGUGA